AUGGCCGGCAACCAACGACUAAGAGGCCUUCCGGCCCAUCCCCCGGGCCCUACUUUCCUGAGCUACACGCCGAACGGACGAAAGCUGAUCACCGUCGGACUGAACAACGCCAUUCGCGUCUUCCAGACAGGCUCUGUUGAAGAACCUACCAACAUCGACAAUGCCCAAGAUUCGAACACGGCUGUGGCGGCUGCUAACGACUUCUUCGUCACCGGCUCCGAAGAUGGCACCGUCUGCAAAUACUCUCUCGAGACAAAUACGCUCGAAGAGGUCCUUGUCCGUUGCACACUACCAGUCCGUGAUAUUGCUCUGUCUCCAGACGGCAAUUGGGCAGCAGUGGCUAGCGAUGAACUGGUGGUCAAGGUUGUCAAUACCAAAGAUAUGACCCGCGUUAUCCACCUUAGGGAGCAACCACGCCCUGUCAAGCACGUAUCCUUCGACGUUAGCGGAUCUCUCUUGGCCGCUUCAUGCUCCGACGGCCAAAUCUACAUAUACUCGCUCAGCUCCGAAGAGCCGAGCCUGGUGAAGAAGGUAGACGGCUUGAUAAGGUCUCUGGAGACCGAUGCGGAGGCGAGCUCAAAGGUCCUUUGGCACCCAGAUGGGCGAGCUUUCGCAGCAGCCACUCCUACUCGAGAUAUUCAAGUGAUUUCAAGAAGCGGAUGGGAUCAUCAAAGAGCCUUCAAAUCUGGUCAUACCGGCGAUAUCACGGCGGCAGCGUGGUCGCCUAACGGCGGCCUUCUUGCAACUACUGGCCAGGACCGUAAACUCGCAAUCUGGGACACAAAGACUCAGCGUAUCAUCAAGACCUACGAUGACGCCCGGGCUACAAUUCUUGCCAUGGUAUGGCAUCCUGUCGAGAAUAUCCUGUCCUACACCAACAAUGACGGUGAACUCUUCAUCCACACUGAUUUCGUGCCGCCUGAGUACGCUCCAGUGCUAGACAAGGACUUGCAGGCCGCUCCAUUCAUUCAUGACCCUCUAGCAGAGACUACUGGCAAUGCCCGGCGUUUGCCUCUCAAUGGCUCCAAAGAUGCGCGUCAUGCUCGACGGGGCACACCGGAUUCGUUAGAUGAAAUUCUUGGGGAUGACGGGAUGUCUGAUGCGGACGGCUUCAUUGAGGAUGAUGAUGGGGCUGGUUACGCCGAAGAAAUCAACGGCCAUGGGAAGCGUGGACGGGUGGCUGAUGAUUUCGAUAUUCCGAGCGGAAAGCGAAGCAGAGACCAAGAGACGCACCACACGGUCACGGUUGAGUUCUACGACCGGGAGACUCACCGUGACUUCCAUUUCACCGACCCGUUCCUAUACGACAAGGCAUGCUUGAACGAAAGUGGCACCCUUUUCUCCUGCCAGCCAUCAAAGGACCAUCCUGCUAUGGUCUACUACCGACCGCACGAGACAUGGACAACGCGAACGGACUGGAGAACAGAGUUGCCUCCAGGGGAAAGCAUCACUGCCAUCUCACUCAGUGAGUCGUACGUGGUGGUACUAACGUCUACCGACUACGUCCGCGUAUACAGUCUUUUCGGUGUCCCAUUCCGCAUCUACCGGCAAAAAUCAUCGCCCGCCGUGACUUGUGCGAGCUGGCGAGAUUAUGUAAUGACUAUCGGCAAUGGUCCUGUUGGUGGUGACGGCACGACGCGCCUUUUGUACACGAUCGAAAACGUGAAGCGCGACGAGAUCUGCCAGAGCGAAGACAUUGUCGCACUUAGCGAGGGUGCCGAAUUACAGAGCGUCUUCUUCUCUGAUCAAGGCGAUCCAUGCAUCUACGAUACGACUGGUACGCUUCUGGUCCUCCAGCAUUGGCGUACACCUUCGCAGGCUCGCUGGGUGCCCCUACUCGACACCAAACUUCUAUCGCGCCUGGCUUCCGGCCGCAAAGAGGAAACAUACUGGCCCGUGGCCGUGGCAAACGAACGUUUUCACUGCAUCAUUCUCAAAGGAGGCGACAAGUAUCCCUACUUUCCACGCCCCUUGCUCACUGAUUUUGAAUUCCAAAUUCCACUCUAUGCACCCAAACCUCCCCGCCGCCAUACCAGUCCCGACGCCAUGGACGAGGACUCGGAAGAAACUUCCGGUCUUACCGAGACCCAGUCACUGGAAGAGCAGUUUGUCCGCAACUCGCUGCAAAUCUCGCUGCUUGAUGACCUCGUUGCUGCGACGCGCGCAACAACGGCACAGAAGCAGGCGCUAGCACGCCGUGAGCUCGACGUCGACAAGGCGCUGCUGCAGUUGCUGGCGGCCGAAUGUCGCGAGGGCGAGGAGCGCGGGAUGAAAGCGCUCGAGAUCGUCGGGCUGAUGCGCGAUCGCUCGGGCAAGAUGCUGGAUGCGGCGGCGAAGAUCGCGAGCAGAUUCGGGCGCGAUGUGCUGAGGGGUAAGAUUGAGGAGUUGGCGGAGAGGAGGCUGGUCGGGUUGGAUGACGAGGAUGAUUGA